AUGGGGAAAAAAUCAAAGAUUGGAAAGCAGAGGAAAGAUAAAUACUAUCAACUAGCCAAAGAAACAGGUUAUAGGUCACGUGCGGCUUUCAAGUUAAUUCAGUUAAAUCGGAAAUUUGAGUUUCUUCAAAAGUCCAGAGUAUGCAUCGAUUUAUGUGCUGCACCUGGCGGCUGGAUGCAAGUUGCCAGGCAAAAUAUGCCAAUAUCAUCGAUAGUUAUCGGUGUAGAUUUAUUUCCGAUAAAGCCUAUCCCGGGAUGUCUCAGUCUUGUAGAGGAUAUUACAACGGAUAAAUGUAGAGUUGCUAUCUCACGUGAAUUGAAAACAUGGAAGGCUGACGUUGUUUUAAACGAUGGUGCUCCCAAUGUGGGAAAAAGUUGGCUUCAUGAUGCAUAUCAACAAGCUGUUUUGACAUUAUCAGCCCUUAAAUUAGCUACUCAAUUUUUAAAAGCUGGUGGUUGGUUUGUAACAAAAGUAUUUCGAUCUAAAGAUUAUAACCCAUUGGUCUGGGUGCUAAAACAAUUGUUUAAGAAGGUACAUGCUACUAAACCUCAAGCCUCGCGUAGUGAAUCUGCAGAAAUUUUUGUAGUUUGUCAAUAUUAUAUUGCUCCUGAUAAGUUGGAUCCUAAGUUCUUUGACCCAAAGCAUGUCUUUUCUGACUUACAAUUAGAAACUGGGAACAAAUUAAAUGUUUUUCAUCCAGAAAAACAAAAGAAAGCUAAAGCAGAAGGAUAUCCUGAGAAUGAUUACACGUUAUAUCAUAAAUUAUCUGCAAAAGAGUUUAUUGCCUGUGAAGAUGCACUAGAAGCAUUGCAGAAUGCUUCAGAAAUAGUGAUAGACGACGAAGUUAUCGACAAGCACGAGAAAACAACUAAAGAAAUUAGGGAAUGUUGCAAGGAUAUUAAAGUACUUGGGCGAAAAGAUUUGAAGCUUCUACUUGGUUGGUGGAAGGCGUUAAAAGAGUCGCAAACUGAAACGAAAGAAGUGGAGAAUACAGUUAAGGAUGAAGCACCUGCAACCAUUAGCCUCGAGGAACAGGAGGAUUUGGAAGACGAGGAAAUUCAAAAACAGAUCGCCGAGCUUCGGGAAGCAGAAGCUAAAGAGUUAAAACGCAAAAAGAAGAAAGCUAAUAAAGAAAGGCAGAAGCUGAACGAACGACUCAAUUUGAAAAUGAUUCACAAGAGCGACGAGGGACCUAAAUUAGAAGGAGACGAUUUGUUUAAAUUAGAUCAGAUUCAGACCUAUCAGCAAUUAGAGCAAGUUACAAAUCAAACGCCUGACGUCUUAGCGGAGAGCGAUGUGGAGUCGGACGAGGAAGUGAAACCGAAUACGAUUCAAUAUGAAAAAGAUACAGGUCACUUGGAUAGUAAGGGUUUAUACUAUAAAUCGGAGGAUAGCGAGGAAAGUGAUACUGAUGCAUCGGAUGACGAUACAAAUAGCGAAGAAUCUGGACUAGGUUUGGACGAUUCGGACGACGAAAGUACAAGUAAACCACAAAAGAAACGACAAUUUAAAGAUCCUGAAAGCACGCCGUUGUUAACUGAUCUAGAUUUCCGGGAUAAAGAAACUAAAAGAGCUCAUAAAGCAGCACUCUGGUUUGAGAAAGAUGUAUUUAAAAACUUAGAGAAUGAAGACGACGCAGAUUAUGAAGUGGAUAAAAUGAUCGAGCAGUACAAGAAGAAAGGUGGAUGUGUCCUCGGAGAAGAGAAGAACAUGCAAGAGAAAAUAGAUGAGGAAAAGAAACGGAAACGCAAAAUUAGUGAAAGUGAUGACACAGAUUCGGAUUAUGAUGUGGAAGAAAUGAUGGCGCCUAAUAAAAAAAUGAAAAAGAUCGGUGGAAAAGAUGGUUUUGAAAUAGUGCCACGAGAAACAGAUAAAAAGCCGAAGAAAAAGAAAUUGACUCCCGAAGAUUUAGCGCUCGGAUCGUUACUAAUUCAAAGUAGAAAAUCUCGAAGAGACUUGCUUGACUCGGCUUGGAAUAGGUAUGCGUUCAACGACGAGAAAUUACCCGAUUGGUUUGUGAAGGACGAGGAAAAACAUAUGAAGAAGGACGUGCCUGUACCUAAAGAACUUGCCGAUGAAUAUAAAAAGAGGGUGGAGGACUUGAACGUGAGACCUAUUAAGAAAGUAAUGGAAGCUAAAGCAAGGAAAAAGAAACGCGCAAUGCGCAAACUUGAUAAGGCCAAGAAGAAAGUAGAAGCAUUGAUGGAUAAUACGGACAUCAGUAGUAAAGAGAAGGCCAGGCAAGUUAAAGCGUUGUACACGAAAGCACGUCAGGAGCCAAAAAAGGAAGUUAAGUAUAUCGUAGCGAAGAAACAUACCGCGCAAAAACGGUCCGUUCGGCCACCCGGGGUGAAAGGUCGAUAUAAAAUAGUCGACCCGAGGAUGAAGAAAGAUUUACGCGCGGCUAAAGCGAAGGAAAAAACUAAAGGACGUGGAAAGAAAAGUCGAGGCGAUAAUCGGGGCAAAAAAUCGAGGGCAAAGCCUAAAACUAUGAAGAGGAAAAGUAAGUAACCUUUAGCCUCACAUUACGAAACAUUUUUUAUUCGUAAAAACUAUACCACGCAUUUAUUUGUAUAAUUCAGUUGUGAGACAUGUAAA